GAGAAGUGGGUCAGAUUGGAUAGAGUCAAAACUCUGUUUCACGAUCCGUGAGACUUGGUCUCUUUGUUUUCGUGAUCAAGUGGAGAGUUGUGGAGAGUUGGAUUUCUUUGAGAGAUCGUCGCUUCUUCACGUCGCCCACCUCCUAGAUUUGCGAUGGACUAGGUAAGGUUGUGGAGAAUCUAUUUCAAACCCAAGUCAUCCAAGACCUCUAUAUAAACACAAGUUCAAGUCUCAUUGAAGCCGAUCACCGAUCGAGAAGAUAAAAAAAGACUUAGAACAGAAACAUCCAGCAAUCUCUCUCUCAAAAAGUAAGUUUCGAGAGUAUCGUAGAAGUGAAGUUCGUAUAGAGCCGGUGUUUGAGUGAUUAGCAAACCCGGUUGUGUAUGGUUGUAUCCUGGGACUCUUGUAACCAUUAAUCCCGUCGCACUGCGGGGGUUUCAAAGAGUUAAGGAAAGAGAUUUCGGUCUCGCCUCCAUUCUUCCCUUAACGUUUGUGUUGUUAUCUCUUAUUCAAUACCUCUUACGUAGUGUGGCAAAUUUCUAGCUCCUACAUCUAUGUCUGAAGAUCUUUUGGGUAAAACAGAGUAGUAUAAUUAACUAAUGUCUCUCUAAAUCUGAUAGUUAAUGUUUUAAUUGUUGUUUUAAGUUGUUGUACUUGUAUCAUUGAGUGAAGUCAUAUCAGACGAGGUUUACGAAGUCACUCUUUUUAUCGAAACUUUUCUGAAGCUGUUUGUAUUUUUUCGCCUAUCAUUAUGAAAAAAGUGACCGUAUCUGACAAAGCUUAAACCAAUUUCGUAGCAGAAGAGGUUUAGGGUUUUUUUUGGAUCAAUGCAAAAUCCUCAAAUUUUCUGGUCAAGUGAUUAAACUGUAACAAUGGCGGAUUCAGGUCUUCAAUCUCCAAAAAACCCACAUUUCUUCCAGGCUCUACUUCCCGGCUUCGACUCCUAUCUAAACAUUCCUGUAACCUUCUUUUUGAAGCACCUCCAAGGAAGAAACGAACACGAGACUGUGAAAUUGAGAACGGAAGUUUCAGAUACAAUCUGGGAAGUGAAAAUUGAAGAUGGCCGGAGACUCACAACUGACGGUUGGAAAGAAUUUGUCACAGCACAUGAUUUUCGUAUUGGUGAUGUCAUUGUUUUCAGACACGAAGGAGAUUUUGUGUUUCAUGUCACUGCAUUGGGACUCAAUUGCUGUGAGAUUGAAUAUACAUCAUCAUCUCAUAGCAUUGAUGAUGAUUGUGAUAUUCAUCAGGAUAACAUUGAAAUCAGACCAAUGAAGAAGAGAGUGAAGAAGAAUCCAAGGAGAGAAGAUGAUUCUUCAUCAGAGCAUUCUUGUUUUGUAGCUAAUGUCUCAGUCUCAAACCUCCAGGAAGAUAAAGUGUAUGUUCCACUUAGUUUUGUGAGGUCAAAUGGUUGGACCAAAGCAUGUGGUAAGGUUGUUCUUCUUAACGAAAUGGGAAGAUCAUGGAACUUAAGCUUAGAUCACGACAAAUCCGGCAUCAAAACUUAUCUCAGACACGGCUGGAGAAGCUUCUGCAAUGCCAAUGGAAUGAACCGAGGUGGCUAUACUUUCAAACUUGUCAAAAAUUCAGGAACGCCUGUGAUCCGUUUGUGCCAAGCAGGAUGUAAACCAGACGCAGAGUCCUCGUCAAAUUGUUCAUAUUUUGCGGGAUCUCUCACGCCUUCGAGUUUUAAUCAUGAUGCGCUGUAUCUUCCAAAAGGGUUUGUGAGCUCAAAUGGUUUAGAUAAAGAUUGUUGCGAUGAGAUGGUUCUGAAGAAUGAAUAUGGUAGAACAUGGAAUUUAGUUUUGAGACACCAUAAGUCAAACAACACGGUUGUUAUGUCACGAGGUUGGAGAAGUUUCUGUCAAGGAAACGGGUUAAAAGCUAGAGAUUCCUUCAGGUUUAAACUGGUUAGAACCGGGGCAAAACCUGUUCUCUGUUUGUGCCCUGCAGAAACAAAGCGUGACACAAGGGUAGUAGAGUGUUCAGAAGGUACCGAUGUAGAUUCCCUCUCCACAGAUCCUAGCAGCGGAGAAGAGAGUAGCGAAACCGAGGAAAGUGAAGUUAAGAAGAACACUAAACAUAAGGGCAGAGACAACAUCAAUUUUAAGGAGGAUAGUGAAGUGGAGAGCAUUGAAGACAAAAUCAGCUUACAUGAAUGUUCGAAUAUAGAGAAAUGGAAGUAUUGCUCAAGAUCAGGAGCUUCAUCUUCAUCAAGUCAAAGCCGAUUUUUGACAUUAACGAUUUCUCCGUACUCUUAUAGAACCAAUAAACUGAGACUUCCGCUUCAUUUCACGCGGGUGAAUGGCAUCAAGAAGCCAGGGAAAAUAACUCUGUUGGGUCAAGACGGAGUACAUCGGAUGGUGCGUCUUGUAAAAGACCACGAAAAUGGAAGAUUGAGACUAGGAAGAGACUGGAAAGGAUUCUGUGAACUUCAUAGCGUAAAGAUAGGAGAGUCCUUUGUGUUGGAACUCAUUUGGAAGAAAGAUGCAAGUCCUGCGCUUAAGUUCUGCACCAAAGUAAAUUGUGUCUGAGACUGUAAUUUUAACAUGUAUGAUUGUUUCACUGUAGACUUUUAACUAUUUAAGAAGUACCCUUAUUAUGUGGAAGGAGAAUGAAGCUGAAAAAUUAAGGUAA